AUGCACUCCCCCCACAACGACCACUCCCGGCUCGCCAAGUGCCCCGUGUGCGCGAAGGACGUGCACAAGGUGCUCAUCACCGAGCACGUCGAGCUGUGCCUGUCGAAGAGUCGCGCGAGGUCGCCGGACGACGCGUCCGCGUCAUCGAGGGCGCCGCUCGCGGACGCGGACGCGCGCGCGAACGCGAACGCGAACGGAGGAGGAGGAGGCGGGUCGUCGCGGAGGGGCGCGUCCGCGGCGGAUCGCCACCUCGGCGCGGGAUGGCGCAAGGCGAGCGGAGGCCCGGAGGCGUCGACCGCGGGGGGGGGCGCGGGCGACGCGCGACGAGAUCUGUUGUUUCGGUGGGCGGGGGGUGGCGCGCGCCAUCCCGCGGGGGGGAGCGUCGGCGCGCCGCGCGCGAAGCCGCGCGCGAGACCGGUCGGGCCGCUGAGCGCGUGGGUGUCCUCGCGCGCGGUGGAGGAGGAGCCGGAAGCGAAGCGACCGAAGCGCGACGACGACGACGACGACGACGGCGACGGCGACGGCGACGGCGCGGGGACGAGGACGGGGACGGGGAUGGCGGCGUCGGCGGCGGACGAGAGGGACGACGACGAGCGCGAGUGCGACCGCGAGAACGAGCGCGAGUGUGACGACGUCGACGAGGACGACGACGCGAACGAGACGCGCGCGGCGAGCGCGAAGGAGACCGCGGAAGCGCUCGGCGACGCGGGCCUCGUCCCGUUCAACCUGAGGGUCAUGUCCGGGAAUCACGCGGAGUGCGGGAUCUGUUUGCAGCCGUUCUCUUCGGACGACGGCGGCGGCGACGCGAGCGCCCGCCCGACCGCGGUGAGACACGUGUUCUGGCCGUGUCAGCACGUUCGGCAGUGCGGCGAGUGCGCGAUCAGGAUAUGGCAGACGCCGAAAGCGAAGCGGCGGUGUCCGUGGUGCAAGAGCAAGAUCGAGAUACGGCCGCGAGCGUUCAAGCCGUUUCUCUGA